AUGAAACAUAUAAAGGAAACACUUUCAAAACAUCCAAAAGUUAGAAAAAUUAUUGAUCCAAAGACUGUAAUAUGUAUAUGUGCUAAAAAAAUUCGUCUUGAUAGAAAUUAUGAUCCAGAUCUUCUUGACCAUUAUGUUAAAAAAAAUAUAUAUAAAAGUAAUGAUGGAAACUCUAAAAUUACGCAAUUUUUUUCAACUGAAAAUUCAGAAACUUCAAAAAAAAGAAAACUUUGUGUUGGGUUAAAUGAUGAAAAAGUCAAAUUAUAUUUACAUCGUAUAGGUUUUAUAAUCACAUUUGGUGAUGCACCACCUUUAGAAGUUAUAGCACAAAAAUUAUUUGGUUAUAUUUGUGAUUAUUUUAAAGGAAAUGAAGUAAAUGCUUUAGCAAAAUGUGUUUCUAUGGUGGUCAUAUUACAAUUUGAAUUAUUAUUAUCAUCUCUAACUGAUCUUGUAAUAAAGGAAAUAAUACCAAUUAAGGAAAAUUUAACAAAAGAAUUUCAAAAUGGAGAGAAAGUUUUAACAGAAAUUGCUGAAAUAAUAGGAAAUAUUACAGAUUUAAAUUUGCGAAAUAAUACAGAUGAAGAUUUGAUAGAUGCUCGUGAACAAAUUACAAAUUUAUCUAAUAAUACAUAUUUACAAUAA